CGGUGAAACUCCACCAGGUUGUGACAGCCAUGUUGGCAGUAUGUUUGAGGCUGCUUGUGCUCCUCCCCCUGGUUUGCUGUGUCCCCUCCCCCUCCAGACCUCCUUCCAGACUCUGCAGGCGGUGCUGCGACCACCUGGAGCCGCCAGCGUCUACGGCCCAAUAUCAGAUGCCCGAGGUCCGCACUGUCAUCAACAUGACCAUCCUCAAAGGUGAUAAAGGCGAUCGAGGCGAUAAGGGCACACCUGGCAAGCCCGGCAUAGAGGGACCUCCAGGCCAUCGAGGUUCCAUGGGCCCCAAAGGCACCAAAGGCCAGGCCGGGGCCCCGGGAGAUGCCUGCAAGAUCCUUCACUCCUCCUUCUCGGUGGGCCGCCGCAAGUCCCUGCACAGCAUCGACUACUACCAGGCACUGGUGUUCGACACGGUGUUCGUCAACCUCCACAACCACUUCAACAUGUUUAAAGGCAAAUUCUACUGCUACGUGCCGGGGAUCUACUUCUUCAAUGUUAACAUACACACCUGGAACUUCAAGGAGACCUACCUGCACCUGAUGCACAACGACAAGGAGCAGGUGAUCCUGUAUGCUCAGCCCAGCGAGAGGUCAAUCAUGCAGAGCCAGAGCGUCAUGAUGGAUCUGGCUCUGAAUGACGAGGUCUGGGUUCGGCUCUACAAGAGGGAGAGGGAGAACGCCAUUUACAGUGACGACGUGGAUGUUUACAUCACCUUCAAUGGAUACCUGGUGGCACCCAGCAUCCAGUAAAAACGGCAGGGAAUAACGAGGAGCGGCAAAAUCUCUGGGUCGGAUUAUUUGGUCUUUUUGACUUGGAUACUGCUUCAUGCCAAGAGAGGAGAACUAAAAAGGGGACAAUACACUUUUGGUGCUUAUUAAAAAUCCAUUUCAGCCUGGAGAGGAACAUACUGUGCUUUUUUAAAUGAGGACUGCCCACAAAAAAAUGUUAGAAUCAAACAGAAGAAUAACAAAGUAGCACAGCACACAAUUAGGAGGAAUGUUAAACAACUUCCUUUGGACUACAAAUACACUUUUAUACAAAGUUAAGCAGUUUUCCCACUUCUGUGCUCAGCUUCUUUUCCUCUCCACUCCUUUCAGGGACUGUGUGUAAAAACACAAGUUGCAUCACGUAUCAGGAAUCCUAUAUCUGUGCAAUCAAUGAUGUAUUUGUGCAAUGAAUAGAGUUUCUGUCAAAUGUGUUCGUACAGACCGCUGCACAGAAGCCAAGAAUGGCUUUGCUUGCAAUUUUUAAAUAAUAAUUAUUGUAAGGAAUAGUCCUGCAUAUUAUGGUCAAGUUAAAGCUACGUCUAAUCUCUGAUAAACAGAGACUUCUCCCCUCCCGAAACACAACCCCACGUGUCAUCUGUACAGCAGUUUAAAAUUACCCAUAUUUACAUUUAUCGUUAGAUCGCACCCUGUAGUGGUUUUAGUAACUAUGACGACAGCAGCCAAGGCAGAGAUGAGGUCACAAAGUGUAAAAGCCAGGGCAGAAGUGAGUAUAAAGAGUGAUAAGGUCCACCUGGAGCUUGUAAGAGGGGUGACAUUUAUUUUACACAAAACUAUGCUUCCCCCCCCCCUAAACUUUAAGUAGUUUUGUUGCCAAGACCAAACUAAACCACGACUGUUUUACAACAUUAACCACUGUGACCGGUAUGUUUAGGUAUAAGGCCGUGUUGAUCUCCUACCAUUGGUUAGGGAGCUAAUCUUAAUUCCUUUAAAAUUACCCAUAUUUACAUUUCUCAUUAGACUGCACCCUGUAGUGGUUUUAGUAACUAUGACAGGAGCCAAGGCAGAGGUGAGGACACCAAGUGUAAAAGCCAGGACUGAAGUGAGUAUAAAGAGCGAUAAGGUCCACCAAGGGCUGGUAAUUUCGGUAGUUACGUCCAUUUUUUUUUUUUUACACCAAACUAUGUUUUAUUUCCCCUAAACUUAGUUUUGUUGCCAGGACCAAACUAAACCAUGACUGUUUCACAAUAUUAACCACUGUGACCAUUAUGUUUCGGUAUGAGGCUGUGUUGAUCUCCCAUCAUUGGUUAGGGAGCUAAUCUUAAUUCCUGUGGGUUUUAUUAGAGGGAAGGAACAAUGGCCCUAAUUUAUCAAGCGUACGUCAGAAAGUGAGCGUAAAGUGGGCGUAAGAUGAUUUCUACGCAAGCCUUGGCAUUUAUCAAUUUGGACGUGAGCGGACAGUACGAUCAGAUCUCACAUCUGCUCUCAGCUUGUGUACGCAAAUUUGAAUCAGCGUGAAGUCCACACGUCUGAGUCAGAGAAUUGAUCUUAGACUAUAGUAUCGAUGCCUGGAGCUGAUAAAACUCUGUGGUGUUUUGAUUUUUAAUAGUGACAAAGCAAAACAUGUUUAGACUACAUAAUUUAUAAUUAAAACAUAAUCCAAAAAUAAUACAUAAUAAUACACCCUGCGAUCGUGAAAUUCUUUAAACAGAAUACCAGCCGAGGAUAUUAAAUGUUGUUGUCUUCUGCUGUUUACUGUUAUCCAGCUCCGACACUGGAGCGUCAGCGUCUCCUUCACCAGCGGUGCUGCCCGAAUAGAAACAUUUCCAAUCAGCGCUGCCACACGCUCCUCUGACUAGGACAUCAUUAUUAAUAAAUGUAAAGACGUGAAUACUAUAUCUCCAUCAUAAUAAUAGCAAUAUUCGGAUAUUAUAUAGAUUAUUAGGCUUUAUAUAUCACGAUGUAAUUACUCAAACCUCGCCGGGAGUUUAAUAGUCCGCUACUCUGCUGACAGCAACACUGAUUUCCUUCUUUUUCACUUUUUAUGAUGCGAAACAGAACCAUUUUGUUGUGUUGCUGCUGUUGGACGUCAGCGUUUCACUUUCUGACUGAGAAAUUCCUCUUCUUUUUUAAUUAAAACUUACUUUAAAACAUUGUUUACCUCCUUCAACCAAAAAGCUGAAAACUUCUAAGUCCGUGCUCCAAAUGUAAAAUAUUCAGUGAACUUGUUUGAGUUUAUAACUAUAAGUACUUUUAUUUCAUAAACCUCCGUCGCUGCGUAUUUCUUUAAUAUGUCUAUAUUGCCCCUAUUGUCAUUUGUAAUGGUGCACUUUGCUAAUAAAGCUGACUUUAAGGGGUGAAAAAAUCCUCUUUUUGGCCGUAUUGCGCCCUUCGGUGUCGUAAACUCUGAAGGCGAGCCAUCUGAAUCAGGUAUAUAUUAGGGCGUGGUAUUUAAAUUACGCAUGUUUCGAGCCGCCACAUUUAUCAACAGCCGAUCAUUCUUAAGCUGUGAUUGGAGAGAUACGAUCGUUUGAUAAAUCACACGUGAACCCUGUCGUAAGACGAAAUAUACACUCAGAUCUGCGCUCGUUUCUACGCUCGCUUGAUAAAUGAGGGCCAAUGUGUUUGUAUGGUUUACAGCACUUUUUGGUAAGUAAAAAUAGGGAAAAAAAAACUUUUGUUUUCCUGUGAUGACGGGUUGAUUAUCUUGUGAUCAUGAGAUAAUGGCAUAAAAAAAAAAUUGCAAGCAUGGCCAUUCACGGCUUUAGUUUUGCUGUCAUACCUACCACUUAAACAAAUGUUUCCUUUGUGCCUUACAGAAGAACACUUUGAAUGGUUAGUUCACCAGAAUCACGAAGACACAUUUUCCCACCUAUCCCUGGUGGUGUUGCACACAUUUAGGGUUUACUCAUUUCCGACAAACUUGAGACUCAACCGUGUCGUAUUUCUUGUAAUUUUGGUGAACUGAGCCUGUAAACAAAAGUAUAUCCCACAUAUCAAAAUGAAAAACAAUGGUGCUUUAUUUCCUAAUGCAGGAAUUCAUUCGGGUUUUGAUAUUAAAUAUGAUGUAUUCUUACAGAUACUUCAAACUGCAGAGCAGUUCAUGUAAAUAGCUGUAAAAUAGCCGUCUUCAUGGCAUAAAUCUGUGCUACCACUCA